AAGUGGGACCAGAAAAAAUUCCUGAUGGGCACACACUUGCCACUGGAAUUGCGUGGGUGUCAAUGGACAGACUUUCAAUACGUCACAUCCGGAAGAGGUCGCUGGCCUGUCAUAGCUGAAGGUGGACCUAGAUCGUUUGGUAUAGAGGACAUUACAACACAGAUUAUAUUCGUUUGUCUGCGUAUUUUACAGAUUUUAAUCUCAAGAAAACCUGUUAAGGUAAGGGUUGUGGCCCUCUAAUUUACCAUGCUAUUCAAGAUGCUAUGAUGGCCAUGCUAGCUGAUUAACGUUAACGUUAACGUUAGAUCCUGAAAGUAGGAGACGGUCAAAGUGCAAAACGACGAAUCAGGCAAACAAUUCCUGGUUUAUUUAACAGAAACUUGACCACAUCUGUUGAACUAUGGCUGGAAACAAUGGUGAGCUACAGACAGAUGAAGGAAUGGACUGGUCCACAAUCAGUGCCCGUGUGAACUCUUUCCGCCACUUCCCCCGUGCUAAGGAAGUAUCUGCAGAGCGUUUGGCCAGGGCUGGCUUCUACUUCACGGGGGAAUCAGACCGAGUGCGCUGCUUCAGUUGUCAGCAAACGGUGGAGAACUGGAGCAGUGCUGACACGCCCGUCAACCGCCACCUGCAGGCAUCGCCCGCCUGCAAAUUCCUCAGCUGCGUGCACCGCACCGGCAACUUCGUCUUCCCCCCCCUGAGCAAUGGCUCCGUGUACGACGAGGCAGCCGAGGCCAUGGAGUUCAGCCUGCGCACCGGCGAGGUGGUGGAUGAGUCCACGUACCCCAUGGCUCCCCACAUGUGCGAGGAGGAUGCACGCAUCAGAAGCUUCGGCAGUGUGUGGCCUGCGUCUGCCCCGGUUCACCCACGGCAGCUGGCCCAGGCUGGACUGUACUAUCUUGGGGAGGCUGACCGGGUCCAGUGCUUCUGCUGCGGAGGCAUGCUGGCUGGCUGGGAGCCUGGGGACGAACCUUGGAGCGAACACACUCGGCACUUCCCCAACUGCUUCUUUAUCCUGGGCCAUGAUGUCGGCAAUGUCCCAUCCACACAGUCUCCAGGGAGCGAUGGCCCACGGGUCCCUAUGGAGUCCUUUGAGGAACGACUUGAGAGUUUCGCUGGAAGGCGGCAUCCUGUGGAUCAUGAGAGGCUGGCCAGAGCAGGGUUUUACAGCUCAGGUGCAUCAGACCAUGUGAAAUGUUUCCGGUGUGGGGGUGGUCUAAAAAACUGGCAACCAGAGGAAGAUCCUUGGGAGCAGCAUGCCAAGUACUACCCUGGGUGCAGUUUUCUUCUGUCAGAAAAGGGGCAUCAGUUUGUUAACAUUGUACAGCUUCAAAACCCGAUUGGGAGCAAUUCAGCUUCAAGUCAUCAUCAGAAUGGAUUUUCAAAGCAAGAGAAAGUGACAAACAUCAUGCAAUCUGAGAUAGCCCAAAAAGCAGUUGAGAUGGGGUUUGAUCCAAUCAAGGUAGAGAGGGGCAUUCUGGAGAAACUGCGCCGGUCUGGAGAGGGCUACUCCAGCAUUGAGAAUCUUCUACAGGAUAUCCUCAGCAACUCGGCUGAGAAUGACCCUGAGAUCUCCCAUGGAAAUGAUGAUGAGAAUCCUUUGGAGAAGUUGGAAAAGCUCCAGAGGGAGAAACAGUGUAAAGUUUGCAUGGACAGUGACGCCUGCAUGGUAUUCAUACCCUGUGGACACUUGGCCACCUGCCAGAGCUGCUCAGAUUCCCUUGACAAAUGUCCCAUCUGUUGUGCGAAUAUCAUACAAAGAAUUAAGACUUACAUCUCCUAAGUGUUUACAUUUAGGGGUUGAAAUUGAAGUGCUGCUUUUUUUUUUUUUUUUUUAUAUAUAUAUAAAACUAAUCAUUCCCGGGAGUGUGUAUAUAGAUUUUAUUUAAGUACAUUUGUAUAUGUAGACAAGGGAAAUGUUCAGCAAGAUUAUCUUUUUCUAUCCCAGAGUAACGAUGUACAGAUGUAUAAUAUACCUGUGUUUGAUUACACAGUAAGUAAAGAAAUAGAAAUACUUUUGUUUGUGAAACAUACACUCAGAAAUGUGCUACACAUUUGAGUUAUACUUCGCGUAGGACGCUUUCUAGAUACACCCUGUAAAGUGUGCCUUACUCAAACUCACCUUUCUCUGAUCAGUUUGCUAUUUUUUUCGUUAAUUAAUUAAUUUAUUAUUAUUUCAUUUACAACCUGGGUCCACAUCUUGCCUGGGGACUUGCAGGCAUUUACGCAAACAUAAUAUCAUCUGCUUGACCGAAAAAGGCUCAAUCUUUUGAUAACCUGUUUUGACAUUCUUCCUAUGCAAGUGUGGCUUUAUGCACUUUACGAUCAUGUUUAAUAAAUUGUUUUAAUGUA